AUGAGAAUAGAAAAAUGUUAUUUCUGUUCGUCUCCAAUUUAUCCAGGGCACGGAAUUCAAUUUGUAAGAAACGACAGCACAGUUUUCAAAUUCUGCCGGUCAAGGUGUAAUAAAUUGUUCAAAAAGAAGAAGAACCCGAGAAAGCUUCGUUUCACAAAAGCAUCACGUCGUGCUCGCGGAAAGGAAUUAAUCAACGACGCCACACAGCUUCUGGAGCAGCGCAGAGAUGAGCCAGUAAAAUAUGAAAGAGAGUUGUUCCAGAAGACUAUUGAAGCCGCCAAAACAAUUUCAGAGCUCAAACAUAAACGAUAUGCAAAUUUGAUCCGAAAACGUUUGCAACCCGGAAAAAUCGUACAGAAGCGUGGCCUUCUGGCGAAAGUCGACAAGAAGAUGCACCUCAUCCGCGCUCCAGUUGCCACUCGUUCCGCAUCCAAGCAAAAAGCAAGCGAGAAAUCCAAGGAAACGGAAGCCAUGGAAACAAAUUGA